GUUGGCGAUGCCCUGCCGAGUGGCGGCUUCAAGUAUAUCACAGCUGUGGUGGCCCCGAACGGCAAGCUGUACAUGCCGCCUUUCGACGCCCAGCAGGCCUUGGAGUUUGACCCUGCCACGGCGCAGUGGCGCUUUCUUGGGCCGCGCUUCGAGGAGGGAGGUCAGAGAUAUGUCACUGCCGUCCUGGCCAACAAUGGCAACAUCUACGCACUCCCCUGCAAUGCAGAGCGUAUUUUGGAGAUCAACCCGCUCUUAGGGGAUGCACGCGAG